CGUUGUCAAUUAUAUCAAUUUUUUUUUUCAAAAAUGUAAAGGGGACGGUACAAAAUCAGCAAAUAAAGAAUUGCGGGAAUAUGAACUAACACCAAGAAACAGUUUGAAACAUCACUCUUGCAGUAUAGCAGCGUGUGUUGAUUUUGUGCGUUGAUAAUUCUGUUUAUUUUACUGUAGUGAAAAUGUUUAAUUGCCCUUCGUGUAAAAAAUGUGUUGCAGUGAAGUCCAUAAAGGAUAUUAAGAUUCAUUUAGGCCAUCAUAAGCAGUAUGGAGAACUAGACUUUCCCAUUCGUUGUUGUGAACCAUAUUGCCAAGCUACAUGCGACUACAUUUACAAUUACGGUAGGCACUUCGAAAAAUUCCAUUCCUUUAAUACAGAGGGUGGGGACGUUGUUAUGUCUGAAAGUGAAGAAAUUGAUGACCUUGGUUUGCACCAAAACGAAAUCAUAGACAAUAGACCUAAUAACCGCCCCUCAUUGAAAGACAAAAUGGUUGCAACAAGAAUGGCCUUGCAGGGAGCGGUAACAAACAUGGUGAUAGAUUUAAGAGGGAGAGGAAACGUCCCAUUCAAUGUAACAAUUGACGUAGUAGAAUAUUUCAAAGAUGUCUUUGAAAUAAUUGUAGAUAACUUUAGUGAGGCGCUGAAAACCGAGUUCGAUUCAUUUGAUCUUGAAAAUGUUAAAGCAAAAGUGAUGGAUAUUACUGAAUUUAAAGGUUUGCAAAGCGUAUUUGAUGGCUUUGCAUCUGAAUAUCGCAUUCGCAAAUUAUAUGAGAAUCAUCCUCGAUUUGUUUCACCUGAACCCAUUGUCAUCGGACAUUAUCAUGCCAUUGAACGUGUUGUAGUUGACGGCAAAUUAAAUCACGUUAUUGUAGAAAAACCUUGCAUUGCACAAUACGUUUCAAUUAAAAAAACUUUUUUGUCUUUGAUAAAGGAUCCACUUUAUUUAAAAUGUCUGCUACAAUGCUAUCAAGGACAAGAAGGUGUUUAUUCUUGCUUUCGAAGUGGUUCAAGGUUUACGGAGUUAAGCAUUAAUGAUUCAGGGCGAAUUGUUUCAUAUAUUCAAAUAUUUUACGAUGGCCUUGGAAUCACCAAUCCGCUUAAGGCAGGAGCGUCUAAACACAAUAGCGGCAUGUUUUAUUUCACAAAUCUCUCUUUACCUCCGAGCCACAAUGCUACGUUAGCUAAUAUUCAUCUACUAGCAAUGUGUCACUCAAAUGACAUAAAAAAUAAAAAUUCAUUAAAUCAGUUGUUAAGUAAAAUAGUUUCAGAGCUUAAAGAUUUAAACAAAAAUGGAAUUGAAAUUGAAAGUUCCGACGGGCAGAAAAUAACUUUAUAUGUAAAAUUAGGACAAUUUACAGCGGAUAAUUUGGGUAUGAACCAGAUUUGUGGCCUAGUAGAGAGUUUUUCUGGUGAUUAUUUUUGUAUACUCUGCUAUGUGACUCGUGAGGAAAUGCAUAGGCAUCAUAAAGAAGAUAAAUUUAUUUUACGUUGUCCAAUUCAGUAUGAGUGUGACAUUUCAAGGUUAGAGAGUUUGCCACCUGGGGGAACACACUUUCGGGGUGUUAAAUCCAAAUGCGCACUGAACGACCUUGAGUAUUUCCACAUAAUGCUAAAUUGGACAAAUGAUUGCAUGCAUUCCGCCCUUGAAGGUUUUGGUCCACUUGUUUGUGGAAAUGUAAUUCAUUCAAUUUCCCAAAUAGAAAAUAAAGUAUCAUUGGCAAAUAUAAAUGUUGAAUAUGCAAAAAUAUUUAGCUUAUUGAUUGUAGAUAAAGGUAACGCACCAUGUGAAAUAAAACAAUGUCAGCUUGGCGACGGAUUCUCACCAAAAAUGAGUGCGGCCCAAAAUCUAGCUUUGAUACGAUAUUUACCGCAUGUCUUAAGUGUGCUUAUUGAAAAUGACGAGGCUUGUUUUCCAUACAUUGAUUUGCUUUUGACAUUACAAGAAAUAUUUGAUCUUGUAUUUGCCCCAAAAUUUACAGAUUCCCUGUUAUCAUAUUUUGACUCCUUGAUUUCUGCAUUUAUUUUGAAAUUUAAAACUUGUUAUCCGCAGAUGAAUAUAAAACCAAAAAUGUAUUUUCUUAUUCACUAUCCUUCUAUCAUUUAA